GCGAUCUACGGUGAACGAGCGUGAUGUCCUCGCGAUAUACUUAAAUAAAACAAGCUUUGAAAAAAUUCAUAUUCAACUGACCAUAGCCGUGGGCACCAGCUGGGCACCAGUGGGAAGUUGUUACUAGUCAGUUAGUUAUAUAUUUCAUAAAAUAACAACUAAUAAGGAAAAUGAAUUCGCGUGCGUUUUUGUUCUUCGCAAGUUUUCUUUGGCAGUGGGCUUUAUUGGAUAAAAGAAAAAGUUAUGUCCAAUCCUAUUUAUUAUUCAAGAAGCGUUAUUUUCUUGGAAGAAUGGCUAAAACAUUUUAACAGAGAUGGAUGCUACAAUGUCCAAUAAAGUUCUUUGUGUGGACGUUAAAGAAGACUAUGACGUAAAUUACACAUUUGCCUUCAGAUUUUUAAUUUGUUAUUUUAAUUAGUGUAUUAAUCUACCACCAGGAAAGCUACUAAUUGUUAAGAAUGUGUGUACUAGUUCGCAAGUAAAUUAGCAGUUGAUCAUACUGUUUUCUGAAAAUUUUGUUCUUGUAAAUUGUAAAUCAUCUGUUGAAAACUUUUAAUGAUUUGUUUAAUAGAUGGUUCUGAAUGUUUCAUUACCAAUCAGAAAUUGAAUACAAGCAAUAUCCAAUGUCUAAUAGUGAAACUUAUAUUGCCAAAAGAUAUUACUCUAACCUAGGUUGUUACCAAAGAGCCAUAUAUAUGUUUGUCAGGAACAGAGAACUACUAUAGUGAUGGAUGAUGGCCAGAUUGACUUGAUAGAUUUUAAAAAUAUUUCUGACUUCUUAGAAUGUGAUACCGAUAAAAAAAAUCGCUAUUGAUGAAAUUAUUGUCUACCUGUUGAUCAUUUUGGACGUCGAGUAUAUAUUUAUCAUAUUGCAGAAAGAAUCCGAAACCAUACUUAAUAACUUUUGAUGAGUUGGAUCCCUACUUUUAAAUACGAUUAUUAGAUGUAUUAAUGAGCUGGCACUUAUAUAGUUUGAAUAUCACAAGUUAUUUAUUCAUAUUGUGAGAUGAAGCAAGAUGUAACAAAUGGAAAUUAUACUAAGAGUAUUGCAGUCGCUCUCGACUUAGUGGAAUACGAGAGAGAACACUGUUUAUGAUAAAAUUUUUUUCGCGAAAAUUGAAGAGUAUAUUCACAAAUCCAUAAAUCUAUGAGUAAAAUAAUCUUUAAAUAUUAAACAAACAAACAAAAUAUACGCUAAAGCCUUGAAGUUACGUGCAAAAAUUAUGAGUGCACUACUGUGACUUACAGUAUAUUAUUUGUGAUUUACGAUCGAUUCCGUCCAAUAUGAAAUUCAUAUUUUACUAUUGCAUUUACGAAUAUUUCAGACUAGCUCUGUAAUCGAAUGCCUAUGAGAAUGGAUCUCAUUAAAAACUUAUAGUUUUAUAUAUUACGUUUAUUUCUAUUGAAACUUAUAUUUCGCUCUUUUACUACAUUACUUCUAAAAUGAAAUGAAGUUUUAUAUAGAAAAAUGUAACUACUCCAAAUUAUAAUUUUAAAUGUAAUCGAUACAAAUUGAAGUCAUUUCGAAUACUUAGUUAUGCAUAAUAUUUUCAGUUAUACGAUACGGUUAUCGAAUAAUCAUUCUAUAAAAAUGAAGUAAUGAAAUUUAGAGUUAUACGUAAAGUUAAAAAAGGAUAAGUCGAACUUGCGGGUUGCGCAUAGAUUUUACUGAUGUACAAGCGUGUACUCGGUCAUUUGUGCGCAUAUACACAAGGAGGUUUCGACGGCGCGACGUGGAGCCUCUUCGCGUCACGUAUACACACGUAGGCAUAACACACACAUAUGCUCAUAGAUGCGAAUGGGGAAGGCGCCACGCGCUACUGCUCUUUCUCACUCGCACACUGUUGUUCGUUCGUUUCCUCUUGCGUUCUAUGUUGGCGGCCAUCUGCCGAUGUUGUUCCAGCCACGUCACAUUACUUGUGUGGUGCACCGCUGCUGCUCGUCGUCGCCGUCGCUCAAUCACCAACUCCUACUGUUGUAGCUUUGACAUUUGUCCAGACAGCUGGGCUGUCAAAGCCUUUCAUACUUGUCUCCACCCCCUUAUACUUAUCUAGGGUCUCAACGACGACGACGGCACACACGUAGCUUAUACCGGCUGCAACAUGAACGUUUUCCGACUGCUCGGCGACUUGUCGCAUCUCCUCGCGAUAAUCAUCCUCUUGCUCAAGAUAUGGAAGACUAGGACUUGUGCUGGUAUUAGUGGCAAGUCCCAGAUUCUUUUUGCCAUAGUUUACACGUCGCGGUACUUGGACCUGGUGACAACUUACAUUUCAGCAUACAACACUGUCAUGAAAGUAGUUUUCAUUGCAGCUUCGUAUGCUACAUUAUUUUUGAUGUACAUGAAAUUCAAGGCUACCUAUGAUCACAAUCAUGAUACAUUUAGAAUUGAGUUCCUGAUCUUGCCUGCUGUGGUUCUAUCCUUUGUCAUAAACCAUGAAUUUACAUUUUUGGAAAUUUUGUGGACAUUCAGUAUCUAUUUGGAAUCUGUAGCUAUUCUACCUCAGCUAUUUUUGGUAUCUAAGACAGGAGAAGCAGAGAGUAUUACCAGUCAUUACUUAUUUGCCUUGGGAUCUUAUAGAGGAUUGUACAUACUAAAUUGGAUUUAUCGAUAUUACUCAGAGAAUCACUAUGAUCUUAUAGCUAUUGUGGCUGGUCUUGUACAGACGGUUUUGUAUUGUGAUUUCUUUUACUUGUACAUCACCAAAGUACUGAAAGGCAAGAAAUUAUCGUUACCAGCUUAAGCAUGAGCUAGUAUUAUAGGAAAUACCAUCUUUCAAUUAUGUCUCAUUCAAAAGAAGUUGCAGUUGCUGCAUUAUUGUGACACGAAACGUGCCGAGAAUUGCGACCGAGAUAAAGAGCGCACAAAUCGUAAAUAUAUCGAAUCGAAAGCGCCUUAUACCCGGCUCAUUAGAGUCUUUUCAAUGAUUCUACUUUUGUAAGAGGAUACCGAAGUUCUGUUUUACUUUCUGUUCAUUUUUGAUACUUGGAUAAUUAUUGUUUUGUCAUUCAGUUUUAAAACAAAAAUUGUAAACCAGUUGAUCAUUUUACAUAUUGUACAUUAAAUACAAGUUGUGAUGAGAAUUUAGAAGUUUAAUUAUUACUUAUUUGCCAAAAAUAGAGGUUCUUAUGUACUUUCUGAAGCAAAUAAUGAACAUUAAUAAAAUAUCAGUUCCAUAA